UUUACUGCUUUUCCAAGGGCAGCAUCUGGAAGCCCCAGUCACAGACCAGAUCUUCAUUGUGACAGGCGUGGAAGAAACGCUGGUUCAUUCUGCGGAGCGGUCGGAUGAGCGGAGACCCGGAUGUCCUGGAAUACUACAAGAACGACCACUCUAAAAAGCCCCUGCGCGUGAUCAACCUCAAUUUCUGCGAGCAAGUGGACGCAGGGCUGACCUUCAACAAGAAGGAGCUGCAGGACAGCUACGUCUUUGACAUCAAGACCAGCGACCGGACCUUCUACCUGGUUGCUGAGACAGAGGAGGACAUGAACAAGUGGGUUCGUAGCAUCUGCCAGAUCUGUGGCUUCAACCAGUCAGAGGAGAACACAGACACCCUGCGAAACAUCCCCAUGAGCCACGGGCCUCGCUCCUCCCCGGCAGAGCUGAACGGAAGCAAUCAUCGCCUGCUCCGAGAGCGGAAGUCCUUCACACCCUCCCACUCAAGUCAACCUACUUUAUUUACGUUUGACUCGCCCGCCAACCACAUCCAGACCACCCUGUCAGCCAGCGCCCCGCAAGACUAUCUAUUUCUCCACCAGUGCAUGAGCAGAAAGUCAGAAAACACCAGGAGUGCAAGUUUCUCUCAGGCUACAAGGUCUUCGUUCUUCAUGAGAAGUGACUCGGCCGUUCAAAAGCUCUCGCAGGGCAACGGGCACUGUAUGAAUGGGGUUGACAGGCAAGUCCAUGGCUUCUACAGCUUGCCGAAGCCGAGCAGACACAACUCUGAGCUCAGGGACAGCGCCUAUGACCUCCCGCGGAGCUUCGGCUCCUACACCAAGUCGAGCCUCACCAGCUCCGAAACGGAUAACGAGGAGGUUUACACUUUUAAGACUCCCAAUAACACCCUGUGCAAGGAGUUUGGGGAGCUCUCUACAGACUCCUAUGAUAUCCCCAUGACUCCUCUCUCAGUUUACCAGUACCCGAGGACAUUCACACUGGACAAGAACCACAACACACUGGCUGUAGCCUCCAGUGAAUCUCCUGCUGCCCCUCCACCUCGGCCACCUAAACCAGGGCAGAUGGAGCCCCAGUGGGGUAGCCCUCCACUGCGUCCACAAAACGGUGAAAGCAUAGGCCUGGUCCCCUUGGCAGCUACCAUUCCCAGGAGGAACACAUUGCCAGCCAUGGAGAACAGCAGGCUGCUCCGAGCUUCUUCCUGUGAGACUUACGAGUACCCCAAGCAUGGGGGCAGCGGCACUGUGCAGUCAGUAGAAUCUGUGAAUGACGGGUUCAACUCCUACAUGCAAGCCAAAGCUGCCAUGGCACGCUCCCACAGCACUGACUCAGAGGACAACUACGUCCCAAUGAACCCAGGCUCCUCAUCCCUGCUCAGCAUGGAGAAAACAACUGACAAUGCCCAGGGUCUGUACAUCCCAAUGAGCCCGGGGCCGCAUCACUUGGACAUACUGGGACUGUCCUCGGCCACCCUCCCAGUACACAAAGGAGGAGCCAUUGCCCAGUGUCACAGGCGGCUGAGCGAAAUCCAGCCCCCUCCAGUCAACCGCAACCUCAAACCCGACCGGAAAGCAAAGCCAACGCCUCUGGACUUGAGGAACAACACUGUCAUCGAUGAACUUCCCUUCAAGUCUCCAGUCACCAAAUCCUGGUCCAGACCAACCCAGACUUUCAACUCGGGCUCUUAUCAGUACUGCCGCCCUGUCUCCACCCAGAGCAUCACCAGCACUGACUCAGGAGACAGCGAGGAGAAUUACGUGGCCAUGCAAAAUCCAGUAUCAGCCUCUCCUGUUCCUAGUGGCACCAACAGCCCAGCACCAAAGAAGAGCUCAGGGAGCGUGGAUUACCUAGCCCUGGACUUCCAGCCGAGCUCACCUGGGCCACACAGGAAGCCCUCCACAUCCUCUGCUGCCUCGGAUGAGAAGGUGGACUACGUGCAGGUGGACAAGGAGAAGACGCAAGCUCUGCAGAACACCAUGCAGGAGUGGACCGAUGUGCGGCAGUCAUCAGAGCCCACCAAGAGCAGCAAGCAGUAACGAACAGGCAACACUGGCACCCAAACAGGCAAAUGUCCACCCAGGUGGUUUUCCAAGGCUGGGCCCUUCUCCAGCAAUGCAGCCUCAGAGUGUGGCUACUGCCAGUGUGGUCUGGAGUCUUAUUUUUCAAACACAACCUUAAUUUCAGGGGAAGACUUGGCAGAUGCUGUUUGCUAGGGGUAUGGACCAACUCUUCUAGGUGGCUGAGUUCAGGCUGUUACUUUAGCUGCUGGAUGCACUGUCCAGGAUCUUAAACUUAGCAAUACCGGGUUCACCAAUGCACGUCUUUUGCUUUCAGCUGUUACUAAAGCCACCUCAUACCUGUUAACACAGAAUAAUCUCUCUCAGUCUUCUUCCAUGUCAUAUGCCCAAACUGUGCCAAACAUGUGCUGGUUUGGGGGCACCUUUGAUGGGUCACAGAUUUCCAUCACAGACUCUGGGCUGGCCCAGCUCCCUGAACCCCCUUAUGUGAAGAUGGGCCACCACUAGUGCUGAUUUGUGUUUGUUUGAUCACUCAAUUGUAAAUACUCUUCCCCAUCAGGGAGCACAACUUCUGUGGUCAUGGUUGUGGCUGUUCCCCUCAGCAGCUUGCCUAGUGCCGGGGCUGACUGACUGGUUCAAGACAACCCUGGAUCUCCAUGUCUGAAUUCCCUCCUGCCACACAUACAAAACACACACGCUGCCUGGGAGCCUGGCUGAUUUUCAAAGGGGUUGUUUCCUUUUCCAAAAGGCACUAUUUAUAUUUAAUCUCUCUGAGGAGUGAUGGUGUUGGAGGGACCACCUUGUAAAGGCAGAAUUAAAGGAGUAAAGGCCUGACCCAAUGCCCAUGUGAAGCCCAUUAGAUCUAGGUUGGGCCUUAAGAGCCAAGUUUUACCAUCAGUCCCACUAGGGGACAGUCCUACUCCUGUUGAAGGACUGACUACAACUGAGGUGGGAAAAGGCUCUGUUGAAUCUAUAGGGAGAAUUUGGGUCAUAUGUGGCAGAAACAUAGAAAGGGAAGGGUCUGGAGAAACACAGAAAGGGAAGGAGAGCGUGGAACGAUGUAGGGUCUUCGAAGAGAGCAGAGGUAGAGAUACUAUAAUGGAGUUAAGUCAAAGUGUCCUAAGCUAAUGAUGAGAUCUCAGACUGGGGAACAGUCUCCCCAGAGGAGUCAGGACAGUCCUCUCAUGUGAGUAGUAGUUUAAAACCAGUGUUAGAAAGCAUCAGGGUCUUGAGGUCAUCCUCCACAUAGUUGCCAAUCUCAGAGGACUAAGCAGGAAGGCAGACUUUACUGCACAGAUAAUAAUCCACAGUCCCAUAAAAAUAUGGAAGAGCAACCAUUACCCUUGAACGAUUAACUCACUAAGCAGAAUGCAAGAAACACUUAGUGCAGACCUGGACAAAGAACAUUGCUGUGACCUGAAAACUGACAUAAAUCCUCUAGAAAGGUUAGGCUAAUAAACAUGAUUGUUCAAGAGCUCAGAUAACCUGUUCUUCCACAGCCACAGCUCCUUCCACUGGCUCUGAGGAUGGGCAAAAAUAACUGUUUGGAGCAGGGGAUUUCGGCUUCUAGCAUGAAGCUUUCAAAGGGGCCACCAGCCCCCAUCUCCCACUGAAUGUCCUAAUUCUGCCCUGGCUGCAAAAGCUACAACAUAGUGAUCAUUGCAAGGCUGUUUCUGAAAUGACAGUGGUAACAACCUGUUCUUUGAACGGAGCCAACAGCGCUACUGUGUGUACGCUAACAGCAUGCCUAUAGUGCUGGUAGGGGGCAUAGAGGCUCAGCAUGCAAAUAUGAGACUGCCCACAUCACACUGCCUCCACUGUUGGACUGAAUGCAUGUGAAACCACAGCAAACGUACAGCACCAGCAGUAGGGGCAAAGUGCUGACCUGUCAGCCUCAGAGCCACAGGCGUUCACCCCAUGAGUUACUGGAGUGACACCAUUAGCAAGAAGCAGCAGGCUGCUGUAGUUGCUGGGGCCAGUCACUAGUGGGAGACAUAAUCACAUGUAGGAGACUUGCGUAUUACAAAUGCACCGUCAAAUCAAACCUUUUCAAACUGUUAUGACGAAUUGUCUGUCGUGACAAUUUGAAGGAGAAUCACUGAGUCCUGUGGGGCUGUUGGUGCCAACCCCACAUCAAUAACUGCAUGUAUAGAGGUUGAACUCUCCUUUCUCUCCAAGAUGGGACUGAAUCUGUUAGCAUAGUGCUAUGGGGUGACCUGAUGCUGCUGCUCUUGCUGUGCCCAGCCUGUUCGUCAGUGCUGCACGCCUGUCUGCAGGGCUGUAUCUAGUCACAGGCAUUACAUAAUUCUCUCUGGGCCCAUACCAGAUUCACACAAAAUAUCUCCUCCCAAACGGAUGGUGAACAGUACCACGUUCCCUCCAGAAAGGCAAUAAGCUUCAUCUCUAGUAUCAGUCCAUCCGGUGGAUGAAUGGCAGCACCCUGUGAAGUGGCCUAAGCUAAAGGCUGUAUCCCUGCUGAUGCCAUGUUUUGAGAUAGGGCCUUGCUGUGAAAUUAAACUCCAACCUCUCUUCCUGGCUAUGAAGGCCAGAGCUCUUUGUACCCAGGCUUGUGGGUCCAGACCAUUUGUUUGCUCUGAAGGAUGCCUCACGAUGAGAGGAAAAGCACUGAGCCGUGUUUGCGCACCGUGUAUUUCUAGAACUGAAACAUGUUGUUCCUCGGUCUUCAUUGGGACUCCACUGACUUUCACACAGUUACUUCUGCCAGAAACUUCACUGAAGUCACUCCUGAUUUGAUAUCAGUACAAGCAGAAGGAGACUCACGUGCAUCCGUUACUUAGACUCACCAGGCUUUUUUAUUCUGGGCAACAUUCCGUCUUUAGUGAGCACCGCUGUGACGUCGGUGAGCUUCUUCUUUCCCCGUUUCUAAAUAAAGUUCUGUUGAAGUCAACAAGCAAGUAAAUAGUUAUUGUUUGAGCAUAAUCCGAUCUUCCAGGGCUUGGUUUGAUUCUGGAAUGAGCCUUGACCUGACCCAUGUGGGUCCAACCAUUGGAUGUAGGUCCUUGAGACUAUUAGGCUGUUUUGCAUAAGUGUCCUCAAAAUUUACCAACCUAACCACAUAUGCUAGUAUCCUGUCCCUUUACCAGGAAUGGAGGGGUUGCCACUUAAGGAAAAGCUAUAAGGAAAUGUUAAGAAGUUGCCUUGAGGAUAUUUGUCAGAAAAAUAAAGCAGGUAUCGUGAUGCACUUCAUAAAAAUCAUCAUCAUCCUGGUUUUGCUCAGACAAAGUUACAAAAUGGGUCCAGCAAAAAUCUGUGCCUACCGGAGGUCUGUGAGUGCUUUGAUGCCAGACAGCUACUUUUUCUUACAUGCUGAAUGCUUUUUGCAGGGAGAUGAGCAUACAAUUCAUUGAAUUUCUGUAGCCCUUCUGAUGAUAGUAUGUUGCUGGAUAAUAAACAGUGGGCUUGAUUUAAAGUCCAGCAAAAUUACCAAGAUUCCCAUGGCCAUCAAUGAGAGCAUAAAAGGGAUAGUGACAGCCCUGGUAGUCGAAACAUUACAGCAAUGUGCUAGUGCCCGAGAACCAGAAACUGGAUAUAUGUGGAAGCAGAAGCUGAACUAGCCACUCUCUCUGUUCAUUGCCUCAGCUGACAGUAAUCCAAAACAUAACGGCAAAAGCACUAUCAGCAUGAAAAAGCAAAUUUGAUCUUUAAGAAGGAAGCAGACUUUUCAGUUUUGAUGCUCCAAAAUAUCAUUAACACAGAUAAAGAUUUGCUUUUUACAGUAUAUGAUUACUUUUUUCUCACACUGUCUCUUUGAUAGCUUAGAGAUGCGGAGGUUCACUUCAGACACCCCGAGAUGCAGCUACCUCUGGUGUGGAGUGCAGCAGUUGUUUUCACAGCACAGCCACACCACCCUCCCAUUUGAGCUGUAACUAUUAUAAAGCUGAAACUGAAGCCAGCUGCAGACAAACUUCCAAAACCUGGACCUCAUCCAAAGCCCAGUAAAGUCAGUGGAAAGACUCUGAUUGAUGGGCCCCCAAGGGUCAUAAAACUGAUUAUUUUCCCUAAUGUGAACAGAAGCUGUAUGCACCUAGACAAGGAUUCACCAGCAAAUCAGAAAUUCCCUUCCUCUUUACAUCUGCCAGGCUGGAGAGAAGCUGAACCUUCUAAGUUUCCCCAUAAUACGAGGCUGGUAGUGUCUAUCUUGAAAGGCAGGAAUUGGAAAGAAAAAGAACAGCAUGGGCUAUUUUGUGACUGAGGCUGGCGGCAUGACGGACACCAGAGCAUAUGAGGUGUGUGCUGUGUUGCAACACAAUUGUGCAGACUAUUUCUUCAAUUCUCUACUACAAUGGUUCAGCCAACUGCCAAAAUGCCUGAUGUAUCGCUGCUGUGACUGACAGAAAGACAGAGUCAGAGAUCAGAGUUUCCCGUGUACUCCCUGCAGAUUUUUUGAUGCAUGUGUGCAUGUGUGCACACUGUUCUGAUUUACAUUCAAGCUAGUUCCCGACUCCCUGGAGAGAAGGAAGCCCAUUAAUGUAGCUGACAGAUCCCGUCUUGUGUCCCCCCUUCCCUCCUGCCGGCAGCUUUCCUGCAUAGUUCCAAAAAUAGUGGUUCUACCCCUCACCCUCUGAGGCCUGUUCCUUCACUGGUGAAGAUCUGCACAGCUGGAACAGCUGCAUGACAGCCUUAUAAGGACAUCUGGAAGUCUUCCUGCUGCCUAACCCUCUUCCCUAGGACUUAAACUGCACUAAGGUGUGAGCUUGUGCCUUUAAAAAGCUUCAGGUGUGCAGCUCACCUGCUGAGCUGCAGCCUUACAAAUCAAGCUGUAGAUACUCCAGAGAUGCAUCUUCAUAAUACCCAGGUCUGAUUUAUAAUCCUCCAGAGAUGUUGCAUGUUUAUCUGUUCCAGUGGGGCAGGUAUGAUAGAGGCUCUUGAGUAGGGGUGAAUCACUACAUUGCUUGCUUUGCUGUUUCUGCCUGCUCACCUCUGGCUCCUUGUUUGCACCCAGUUUCAAUUCAAGGGGUGACCUAUAAGCCUUGAAGUCUUAAGUGAGGUGACGUCAUGAACUCUUUCAUCCUGCCAUAGUGGGAGAGGUCCCCUAGGUAGGUUUGGUCAUCUGCCCCUGGCUGCUGGGGUCUCUGUAUGUACACUUUGUCCCUGGAACCUCUUCCCUUUUGCAACCCGUCAAAGUUUGAGUUUGCAGGUGUCUUGGAUAAUGUGUCAGUGCUUUGGUUUGAAGUUGGGUUAGAUAUGACAGGUGCAGCCCCCCUUUCCCAGCCUGGGCACAUUCUCUGGUGACUUCCCCAACUCAUUGCAGUUGUUUGAGGAUUUUCCAUCUCACUGUCUCUGUAAGCGUUGCUCUUUAACAAGCUCUCGUUCUAAACAUGGCUUUUGGGGUCUGGCCCUUUACAUUUGGUGGAGCUAUUCAGCUCCCUUUCUCCAGUGACCAUUUUGCACCCUGAGAGCUGGGGGUUGCUUCUCUCUGCUAGACAGGUGGCAUGUUCCUCACACACUCCUUGUACAGCACCAGGUGUACAGUCCACACAUACUGCCCAAUAAUCUGCAUGAACCAGGCACUGCCCUGCCUGGCCUUCAAGGAGAGCUACAUUUAGCAGCCUGGCCAGGUUGAACUUGGGACUUAAUUCCUGAUACGAAUGACAGCUGCUUUUAUAUUAUAUAAAAAUAUAAUUCCUUCUGGUUGGUUAUCUGAGUAGUCUGCUCUCUGAUGAAAGAUGCUUGUACAGCAUUUAUUCCAAAUCCAGACUGAAAAACAGCUGUUUUAAAUUCAUGGGACAUCUAUGACUUCGGCCUGAUGGUGUAAGUGGCUGGUGUAAGUGGUGGGACGUUCAAGCCAGACUGGCUCUUUGGUUAGAUAUGAAUCUUGUAAGAAUCCUAGCACAAUGCAAAUGAUUAAUCUUUAAUCCCCAAAAAACCUUGCCUGAGGAUCUCUUGUCAAAGCCUUCUGUACACCUUUACCAGUCCAUCUAGAAAAAAUAUAUACAGGCUCAUGUUGAUGGAGAUAGGUUGGAUUUCUACCAAAUGCUGUAACAUUUUCUUACUGUCAUCACGUGACAAGCUGAUAACAUCAACUCCUCAGCUGCACCGCGCUUUUCAAGGAAGCCUGUAAUGGAUGUGUUUGAAGUUGGAAAUUCAGCAUUUAGCGGGAAGUAAAUUGCUUGCUGCUAUUAAUGGAUUCAGUUGCCAAUAUUAGGCUUGGAGUCAAGUAGAAGAAAGGCAAUGAUGAGCGUAUUGGAGAGAAGAUGAUUGACUCUUACAGAGCAGAGUGCUCACCCUGUGCCGCAUGAGGAAAUACACAUGGCCUGCUACAGUACUCUCAAAGCAUACAGUAAGCCUGGGACCCAGGUGCACCAUAUGCCUAUCGAGCUCCUGUGCCUGGUCUAGGCCUUCAAGCUGUGAAGUGUGAGCUGAUCCUGCAAUAUCCAGAGAGCAAGCAAAAGGACGUGCCAGAACAGCAUAGAAGCGGCCUCUCCAGGAGCUAUGUGUGCAUGUUAAAUGCUGCAUUCAAUCUAGGAGGAGACAGCACCACCAGCAAGCCCAGGCUCUGAUAGGGGCUCCUCUGCUUCACCCACUCCCCUGCGAGGAAAGGGAGGAAAGUCAGUGAGGCUCCAUCCCACCCUUCUGAAAAGAGGGGGUCAUAGAGGAACAGCUCUGCCCUGCCUCCACCCUGGCAGUCAGCAGCUGGAAAGAAGUAACACUAAACCUAGACCUGGACUAAGAGGGGCCUCUCUACCAGAAUAAACUCUGUGCCACAUCAUGCCAUCACUUUAGUAUGCUUGCAUCAGCAAGACAGGGAAGGACUGGGUGUGAAGGGCUCUGAGGUGGACCAGGCACUCACUCAUCCUCCGUGUCCUCCUCCUUCCUCAUGUGCACCAUGAAAUUGGGGCCUGCCUCAGUGAUGUGCUUUGAGAUGCACUGAUGGAAGUCUCUGUGGCAAGACUCAAUGUUAUGCUGUUGCAUCAAUAUGUGAUGCACUGUGAGCAGGGAGCAUCAGGAUGUGAAGGCAGACUACCAGGGCCAUGAUUAUAUCAUGAUUCCCUGCAGCUCCAGCCAGUUCUCUGGUGGUAGCUCUCUGAUGACCCAUAGUGUCACCUCUUGGAAAUGAGAUGUUUAGAGCCAGGCGUUAGUAUGUUUUGCUGCAGUGAGCUUCAGUACUUUAAACCAGAGAGAAAUCUGUGGCAUCUCUGGGCCAUUCCUUCUUCCACAGUAGCGAGAGAACUAGCUGAUGUCUGGAGCAACUCAGCUCUCAUGUUGUUUCAAUG